CGGUGGAGACGCACGCCCACUGCCUCUCCACAGCCACCGCCGCCUGACGACUUUGUGUCCAGCAAGGUCAUCACCAUCCGCCGUUCCGGGGCAUCAUCAGGUUCGUCGACCUUCAGGUCCACGCCGAACCCAGCCCGCGCUCGCAAACGCCUAGCGGCUGGACGGUGGUCACGUGGACCUUGGAGGGGCUCAAUGGCGGUCUGGACGCCAUGUUUUUCCGGCAGGAGCACGAGAUCCAUUCUGGAGAUAUCCACGGCUACAACCUGCCCCAGUCUCUCUUUGUUUCCAACCCCAUCCUCAGCUCCCACAGUGAUGGCGUCCUCUACCUCUUGACCAAUGCCAGCAGCGAAAACACCAACACCAGGACGUCGAAGGUGAUUGCUCUUGACCUCAACCAGAAGACGCUGCUGGACGUGCAGGAAUUCGACAUGCAAAGACCCAGCUCCUACAUGGCCACCAGCAUCUCCAGCUAUCUCAUGCCAGCUGCUGCAGGUAUGAGUCUUGGUAAUCUGUACUGUGAUCCUCUAAUGGUUCAUGGAGGCCAGAAGAUCACAGCGAGGCAGCGAUGGACACCAACCCAGAUGCAGCUGCAGAUCCUCGAGAUCGUUUUCAACCAAGGAAAUGGAACACCAAGCAAGCAGAAGAUAAAAGACAUCACAGCGGAGCUCUCGCAGCAUGGCCAGAUCUCGGAGACCAACGUCUACAACUGGUUCCAAAACAGACGUGCACGCUCGAAGCGGAAGCAAGCAGCUUCUUCUCUACCAAAUAACGCUGAAUCCGAAGCCGAGGGGGAUGAGGAGUCCCUGACCGACAAGAAGCCUAGAUCAGAUGGGUCACAGCAGCAGAACAUGGCUGUGAGAGCUCACAACCCUGAGAGGAUCUCAGAGAUGCACCGCCACUUCGACGCAGCAGAGCGUGAGCAGGUCCGUGGUCCAAUGAUGUAUGGGUCCAGCAACGACACCUCAAGGUCGUAGGGUGGUCUGGUCUAGAUGUCCUUCUAUGAGAAUGUCAUGUUGAAUCCAAGAAUCGACCAGUUCUUCCAGUACCAGACGGGCGAAAGCUUCGACAUGUCUGGGUGACACGUGGUUUGGUUUGUCGCACUUUGACAACAUACCCCUGUAAAAAAAGGCAGCAUGCGUUGGUUAUCACGGUCUUGUUGACCUCCUCCUGAGAGUAAUUUAGCUCGAGUGGAAUUCGUUUGAUUUUCUCGUGGAAAUAGUUUUGAGAAGCUGAUAUAGUAUCAUUUGCCCUUAGCCUAUAUAUAUUUUCUUCAAGGUGUCUGUAUGCACGCUCACGGUUUGCAGUUUUAGUAGGUAAGCUGUUCUGGGUAUUCGUUUAUGUCAGACUCAGUGUUACAGUGUAAGCCUGUAAGAACCAGUGAUUAUUGCACACACAUUGCUCUUC